AUGUGGAAUUAUAUCGUGGAUUUGGAUUACUAUGUUUUUAACGUGGUGAUUCGCUGGACUUUUGCCAUGGGACUAUGGACUCCAAAGGAAAUCCGAUUUGAAAUUCGAAGAAUGAUUGCAGUGGCGAAUUCAUUGCAAGACAGUACUGAUCAAAUCACUAGGUCAAGCUGGUUGGAUCGCCAAACUGCUAAAGUGAAGAAACGCAAACGGAGAUACAAUCAUUUCAAGCGCAAGAUCAUGGCUAUGACUGCAGUUGAAUCUCCAUUGCACAUUCAUGAAAGUACCAAUUCUGAAGGAGAACGGAUUUAUUCCAAUCGUGCAUCAUUUGAUACUGACUCUUGCCAAGUUGGUAUUGAUAAUCGCGCGAGUGCUUGCAUCUCUCACAGAAUUAAAGACUUUGUUGGUCCUUUGGUAAAGGUUAACCGAUCUAUCAAAGGUUUUGGUGGAGAACGUGUCAUGAAUGUCUAUCAAGGCACCAUUGUGUGGAAAUGGCAGGACAAUGAUGGGCGAUUGCAUCGAUUUCGAAUUCCCAACUCUUACUAUGUCCCCAAAGGAAACUGUCGACUUCUCAGUCCCCAACAUUGGGCUAAGUCGCAGCUUGGAAGGGGGGUAUCAUCAAUCACACAAUAUGGAAUUGGUGAGACAACCACUUUUGACAAGUGUGUUCUAUUUUGGGAUCGAAAGAAGUAUUCUUUGGAUGUACCCCUUGGUCGCACCGACAAUGUUGCCACCUUCUAUUUGGCACCUGGCUUCAAACGAUUUGACCUCUUUUGUCAAGAAUGCAAUUUCGACUAUGACAAGAGUGAGGAGGAGCCGAUUAUUAUCUCUCCAGCCGGUGUUGUCAGUGAUAACGAAGAAGACGACGACGAUGAUGAUGAUGUUCUUCCACCAGACCCCCCUCCAACUACAGCCACUACCUUUUGAUGGUGCACCCAAACCGGCGGUGAUAGCCGAGGAGGAGGAGAAACAACCAACAACAGAUAG